AAGCCAGAAGGGGGCAGCUGGCUCGCAUAUAUAAAGGACUGAGUCAGACCAGAGAGAUCAUGGUCCAUAGUGGUGUUCAAGUGCAGAGGAGUGUCACAUAAAACCAGCAGUAUCCACGGACAGCAGGUGAUGUGACAAGAGCUAGUCUUAAGAGGCUGUAAGUUAAACCUUCCACUCGUUGCAGAGUAUUACAAGAUGGUGUAUUUGUGGCUCAAGCGGCAAAGUAAAUAAGAAGGUUAUGCUUGCAUGGGGGUGCUGGUGGAAGUGCAGGCUUUAGAGCAGAGGUCUGCAGAAGGCAAGGAAGCCACAUGGCGAGAGCAGUUUUAACAGCCGGAGGUUCGUUAAAGAAAGCGAGCUGCCUUCCAGCAGACUAACAGGGUGGCCUGCUGGAAGGCUACAGCGGUGGACAUGGCGGAGAAGACGCCUUAGCAGAUGAGCAGAGCUAUGGGUGGAUCCUCCUCUUCACCCAUUGCUCCUACUGUUGCAUCUGAGGAGCUCACUUGCUCCAUCUGCCUGGGCACGUUCGACUGCCCGUCCACGCUGAGCUGCGGCCACUCCUUCUGCAUGCGGUGCUUGGAGGAUGCGUGGGAAGCAGCCGGGAGUCACUCGUGCCCCCAUUGCAGAGCCGAAUUUACGCAGAAGCCGCAGCUGAGCAGGAACGUGGCGCUCGCCAACCUCGUGGAGCAGCUUAAUGUGGCUGAUAAAGUGGCUCUCCAAGUUCCCUGUGACAGCUGUCUGGGUGGUAAUGAACCUGCUGUGAGAACCUGCCCGGUGUGCGAGAUGUCCUUCUGUGAGCCCCAUGGUAAACAUCAUCUGCAGAACCCGAAUUUCAAGGACCAUGAGCUGACGGAGCUGCGUGCCAACACCGAAGCUCGCAAGUGCAAGUUGCACAAAAAGCGUCUCGAGUUCUACUGCGCUCAGGACGAGAGACUGGUCUGCACGAGCUGCGCCAUCGUGGGGGAGCACGCAGGACACAAAUGCAUCAGCGUGGAGGAUGCGCACGAGGCACGGAAGAAACCAAUAGAGGAGAAGACGAGAGAAGUGGAGGAAAACAAGAAUGAGGCCGAAGAGUCUGUAAAACAGAUGGAGGCUGUUCGCAAGAAUACGCAGGAGCCAAUUACCAAAACCAAAGAUUACAUCGCAGGUGUUUUCAUUUGCAUGAGGAAGGCGUUGGAUGAGGAGGAGAGGAUUGCGUUCCAGUGCAUGGAACUGAAGGGGCGCGAGCUGCUGUCACCGAUUGACGAGCGCAUCGCUCAUUACCAGCGGGAGAUCGGAAUGCUACAGCAGACAGCCACUCGCCUGCAGGUGCUCGAGGAGGAGAAGGACUCGCUCACUUUUAUGCAGGGAUAUCUGGAGGAGACGCACAGGACAAACGUCACAAAGAAAUCCCCACCACCAGUUCCACCUUCCCUGGACCCGACCACAAUCUAUUCCCUCGAAAGAGUUGUGGACAAAUUCCUUCCGUUCAUCCGCGAUGAAGACCGAGCUGCCCUGGGUGAAGUCGCCACAGCCGACCCAACUAUCUGAGCAUGAGGCGAACUCGCCUACCACCCCUCCUCCCUUGGGACGACCUUUCAGGACGUGAGCAGGGACCAAUUUGAAGCUCAAGUCUGAAAUGCACGUGGUGACUGACAUGAGCGAAAUGUCACUGCGCCCUACCGCUGGAACUGGCAUUUUGCGACCCCCCAUUACGUAACAUAUUAUUAUAUGAUAGGACAAUAGUCUGAGUCCAUACUUGGCAAUAAGUAACGGCAAAUCGGUUAUAAGUGACUCAGAAUUG